CAACCUGCUCUGCUCCUCAAGGGUCUUUUUGGUGGGUCUUGCUUCUGCUACAGACAUACCUGUGCCCCCCACCACUGGGAGGGAGCCAGAGCCCCGGCGGAUGCAGGGCCCACAGGGGAGCCCACUACUGCAGGAGCUGCUGGCCAGAGACACAGUGCAGGUGGAGCUGAUACCUGAGAAGAAAGGCCUGUUCCUCAAGCAUGUGGAGUACCAGGUGGCCAGCCAGCGCUUCAAGUCCUCCGUGUACAGACGCUACAAUGACUUCGUGGUUUUCCAUGAGACACUGCUGCACCGGUUCCCGUAUCGCAUGGUGCCUGCGCUCCCGCCCAAGAGGGUGCUGGGAGCCGACAGGGAGUUCAUCGAGGCCCGUAGGAGAGCCCUGAAGCGCUUCAUCAACCUGGUGGCCCGACACCCCCGCUUCUCUGAGGACGCACUGCUGCGGCUCUUCCUGUCCUUCGAUGGCUCCGAUGUGCAGAACCGGUUGAAGGAGGCUGCACAGAGCACCGGGGACGAGUUCCUGAACUGCAAGCUGGCUGCUCGGGCCAAGGACUUCCUCCCAGCUGACAUGCAGGCCCAGUUCGCCGUCAGCCGGGAGCUGGUGCGGAACAUCUAUAACAGCUUCUACAAGCUGCGUGAUCGGGCUGAGCGCAUGGCCACACGGGCCCUGGACAACGCCGCUGACCUCCUCAUCUUUGGGAAAGAGCUGAGUGCUCUCGGGUCUGACACAACGCCGCUGCCCUCCUGGGCCAGUCUCCACAGCAGCACAUGGGGCUCACUGAAGCAGGCACUCAAAGGGCUGUCAGUGGAGUUUGCGAUGCUUGCUGACAAGGCGGCCCAGCAGGGCAGGCAGGAAGAAAAUGACGUGGUGGAGAAGCUGAACCUCUUCCUGGAUUUGCUUCAGUCUUACCGAGACCUGUGUGAGCGGCACGAGCGGGGUGUGUUGCAUAAGCACCAGCGUGCCCUGCACAAGUACGGCCUGAUGCGGAGGCAGAUGCUGAGUGCUGCUGCACAGAGCCGUGAGCCCCAGGCCGUGGAGCAGCUGGAGUCCCGCAUGGUGGAGGAGAGUGCCCUACAGACCAUGGAGCUGCGGAACCACUUCUCCCUGUAUUGCCUGCACCAGGAGACGCAGCUGGUGCAUGCCUACCUGCCGCUCACCUCACUCAUUCUUGGUGCCUUUGUCAACUCGCAGAUCCAGGGCCACAGGGAGAUGAGCAAGGUGUGGACCGACCUGAAGCCCAAGCUCAGUUGCCUCUUCGUGGGACAACACAGUGCCCUAACGCCUCCAAGCUCCCCACAGGAUGGCCUGGCUCCCCACUAGGCCCAGGGCCCUGGGCAACACCAACCAUCUCAUUGAAGCCUUAUCAAGCUGUGUGUACCCUGUGUGGGUCCCUGGGGCUAGGCAAGGGUUGGGUGACCCUGCUCUCUGCAAGCCAGCACCAUCUCAGGCAUAGGUGUAUGAACCGGAUGCCAGUUCCUUCUGCUACAUGCAGGGAUGAGGUGGUGUGGUGAGCCAUGGGCAGCCCCUUCUUUCUAGAAAUGUGGAGCCUCUUGGAACUCUGCACAGCUGGCAGAGUCAUGGGAGCUGAGCCACUUCACUGCCACCCCCUUCUUGGUCUGGGUCUGGCAGUGGAAUUUGACUACAGCAGGUAAUGGCAUGUGCUCUGGCACCCCCACCUGCUCUCACUUCAUCUCAGCAGCUGGGUUCUCUGCUGCUUGCCUGGAAUCGAAGAGACUGAGUCCCCCAGUCUUUUCCAUUGGGCCCCAGGAACACAGCAUAGCCACUGCCUCCACCUCCCUGUGGGACCUGGCUGGGCCAGCAUCCCCUUGGUGCCUUUCUGCUGGCCCACCUGGGAGAAGGCACUUGUCUGAGGAUACCCUAGAAGGCCAGGUGCCCACUGUACCACCCUGUGGGUUAGGGCCCCAGCCUGAAACUUCCUUAUGGCUGCUUGCCUGCCUCUGAGCUCCAUGGGUCCAUGCUCAGCUUGGCUGUCAAAAUCUCCUGGUGGGGACUGGCCUGUUUUCUGUAGGGAGCACUUUAGGAGGCUGCAGGACUGAGGACUAUCACUCCACUAAACUGGAAUUGUUUACAUGUGAUCUCUAUGCCGAGAGUUUAUUUAGAAGCUUUCAUGAAUAACUGUUAUUAAAGGCAUUUAUAAGAA